UUUUUUCCAAUUUGUUAUAUACUGAACAACUGUUGUGCUCAAGUGGGAAAUUAAAUUCCGCUCACAACCUACAACUCUCGUCGUAUCGUGUCUUGUGUUCUGGAGUGUCCUGACAACUUCCCCCAAAACCCAGAAUACUACAAGUGGUGUCAGAAGUGGGAUAGAACUUGAGCAUCGAUAGACGGCAACUAAGAAGCAAGAAAAGAAGAACAUCAUUAGACGGAAACCAAGAAGCAAGAAAGAAAACCUCCGACUUUGGUUGUAUGGAGUUCGAAUGUUCAUUUGUUGAUGGAACUAGCUGGAUUGUGAUGAUUUCUGGGUUUUCUACGAAGAUUGCAGUGUUGGGUACCGGAAUCUGACCCUAGAAAGUGAUUGUUUUGGUCCUUGGUAUGGUUUUUAACCUGUAUCUGCCCUAGUCGGGUGAGUCAAGAUGGCCGUACUUAAAAGAUUGAUACGUGCAGCAUUUUUUACCAAAAUUAACGGUGUUUUGUGAUCGAUUACGAAAGUUUGAAUUUGUUGACAUAUAUAAAAGAUUGAUAUAUUUGGAAGAAUGUUUCCAAAGUUUGCUAUAUAAAUUGUGAAUUCAUAUAUUUUACAAUGAAAGAAACUAUUGCAAAAGAGGUCGAUUUAAGCUUAGAAACAUAUAAUAUCUAUGAUAUUUGUGACUAUUUAAUUAUCGAUAGUUGUAUUAAUAACUUGUUAUAAAUAUUAUUACUUUUCGCAUAUUAUCGAGCGCAGACUGAUAUCUAGUUAUAUAAUUGCAGAUCAUUAAAAAAAUAAAAAUAAACGCAAUGUAGUGGCCUGCUCAGUGAUCGACAGGUGUACUCGUAAUAUUAAGAGUUUAUAUUCUGUCUUGACAUGUAAAUGCUUUAUUCAUGCUGUAAUGAUAUUUUGAACAUUAUACUCAUGUUCUUUAUUGUUUCUCUCUUUUCUGCUUGCAGAGGUUUUUUUUCCAAUUUGUUAUAUACUGAACAACUGUUGUGCUCAAGUGGGAAAUUAAAUUCCGCUCACAACCUACAACUCUCGUCGUAUCGUGUCUUGUGUUCUGGAGUGUCCUGACAACUUCCCCCAAAACCCAGAAUACUACAAGUGGUGUCAGAAGUGGGAUAGAACUUGAGCAUCGAUAGACGGCAACUAAGAAGCAAGAAAAGAAGAACAUCAUUAGACGGAAACCAAGAAGCAAGAAAGAAAACCUCCGACUUUGGUUGUAUGGUAAACGUAGUGUAAUUUUACUGUGGAAGAAAAUACUACUUUUGAAACAAAUGCCAUAGUUUUUUUUCCUAAUUGUAGACAGCAGGUUCCAUUUGUUUGAAUCAUACUUACUGAGUGAGGAUGCCAAGGAACACUAACUCAGAGGAUGAUGCUCCAAGGGGAGCUACGGCCCAGCCCUUAGCUCCAGGUCUAGCUGAAAUGAUGGCAGCAUUGACGGGGGCUUUCCAAAGUCUGCAAUCACCGAGGGGUUUACCAGCGGUAAAGCUGAGUAAGUUUGGUGGGUUCCCCCGGAAACAUGGAGACCCGACAAUCAAUGAAUGGCUCCAAGAAUUUGAUGAAUAUUGUAGCUAUUAUCAACUGAAGAGGAAAGAAGAGGCUCAGGUACUAUUGACUCAUCUGACAGAUUCGGCCAAAGACGAAGCGAGGCUGUAUGACUCUACGGUCAGGGAGGACAGUACGGCAUUGAAGCAGGCUUUGAAGUCUCGUUAUGGCCUAAAGGAGACUGUACAACCAUUGACCACGGAAUUACAUGCCAGAGUACAAAGGCCAGGUGAAACGUUGGCAGAUUUCAGUAGUGCACUUAUUCGCUUGCACGAUCGAAUGGAAGCUGCAGCGACAGGUGAUGAGCGAUCAGCAUUGAUCAUGCUGAGGAACAAUACAUUGAAAGAACGGUUUGUAACUGGUGUGAGAGACAAACAGAUUCAGAGGGAGAUUCGACGUAUCAUGUUUAGCACUGAGGAUAAAUCCUUUAUUGAUAUGCGAAGAGAAGUUCUGCGAAUGUUCCAGGAUGAGGACACAGUUUCUCCUAAAGCUAGUAUUAGGGAAUGUGAAGUAGAGGCGGCGAGAGCAUCGGUAAAUACUGAGGAUCAGACAAUUCAAAACAUGAAAAGUGAGAUCACCGAGUUAAAGGAGACUUUGAAAGAGGUUGUUCAAGUGAUGAAAGGCAUGAAAAGCAAUCCUAAACAAAACUCACCACCUUUUUGCUACAACUGUAAUAAGAAAGGACACUUGAAAAGAGAAUGUCGCUCACCUCCUCUCUGCUAUGGAUGUAAGCAAGUAGGUCACAUGAGAAAGGACUGCCCCAAUGGGUCAGGUACACGACAAAAUCCAAGAAGUCCUCAAGGAGCAGACAUGAUGCCUCAAGAAGAACAAGUUCAAGGAAAUGUCAGAAGCUUGUCAGCUGGUGGGAAUGAGAAAACACUCAGCUUGGUAUCAUCGUGUCCAAAGUCAGUAGUUGGAAUAGCAGGGGUACCCACAGGCUGUAUUCUAGACACAGGAGCAGAAGCUAGUCUUAUUCCGGUAUCCUACUAUGAAGGGAAACUGAGGGAAGUUAUUGGUCCUCUUGAUGGUAGUGGCGAUGGUAUUAGAGUUGUUGGGAUCCAUGAUAGCGUAGUACCGGUGGUAGGAUACAUCCAUACCACCAUGACCCUGAAUGGCGAAUCCUUUGAAGUAGGUUUUCUGGUUGUUAAUGACGAGUUGCAAACCAAGAAGAAGACAGACUAUCCUGUUCUCCUCGGCUGCAAUGCACUUUGGCCAGUAGUCAAGAAGAAAGUCUACAAAGAUGAUGAUGAGAACUGGAAACUUGUUGAGGUGGCUCUCAAGUUGUCACGUGAGAACCGAGAGGUUGCUACCCCAAACACUCUCUUGACCUCCAAAGAAAGGAGAAUCCUCCCGCCGUUGACAGUUCAUCGAGUAGAAUACCAGAUGAAUGAUGCACCUUCCUUUGAGUAUACUGAGAAGAGUAUUCUGAUAGGCACAGACUGUCAGGUCAACAACAUCAAUCCUCUAGUAGGGAAAGGACUGGAUGUCUAUGACACUUGUUUGGAAGCUGACGGACAAGAACUUCAAGUAACUGUUGCAAAUAGGUCCACUCAACAAUUAGAGAUCACUCAGGGCAUGGUUCUUGCAUCGGCUACCCAAAGCUAAGUUCAAACCCCGGGGUUCAAACACCAAACACAAAAUGAAACGGGUGGGACUAGUCUUUGCUGUGUUGGCAGGCAGGAUCAGGAUCGAUCGCCAAUCAAAUUGGUAAGUGCUACAUACUCGUUCCGAUUUCCCCUGUAAAUCAAAGCCAGGAAAUUGGCCAUUAUUUUUCAUACGUUAAUCUACGAAUCAUUAAAAUACACAUACCUUUGUCUAACAGCAAAACAGCUUGAAUGAAAUAAAACAAAAUUUUCUGGGCACAGUGCGCGGCCAUCUUGACUCGUCACAUGCACACUCCAUGAAA